CGCCCCCGUCGUGCUCUUCGGCCUUGUCCUUUCGGCCCCCUCGGCUUCGUGAACCUGCUUCCUUCCCCCCCCCGCAAAGCGCAAACCCAACUGCUGACCCCGCCCAAGGAACCCGUCUGCCUCCUUCUCCUCGAGAGCGCCGUGCUUGCCGUCGCUGCUCUGCUUCCGAUUGCUCCUGGUCCCAGGGAUCUGCUCUUGCCGCCUCGCCUCCACAAUGUCCCGACAGCUCUCCGAGCCCGAGGCUCACUCUCCAUCGCCCGUGCAGCAGGACUCGCUUGCGGUGGAGGGCCUGCCGCUCCGGCGAAUGCGCUCCGUAUCCGACACCCAUCUGCCUUCCUCUUUUGCCUACCCCGUCUCGCCCUCGCGGGAUCAGCGCUCCUCCCAGCCGUCGGUGCAUCCCUAUUCGCCACCCCAGUCGCCCGAGGCGCUCCAGCAGCAACACCAGCAGCAGCAGCAUCCGUAUCAGCAGCAGCAACAGCAUUCGGAUCCAGAACUCUACAACUCAGAGCUCAACUCGUCUUCCUCGAUCCUGCUGCACGAUGAUUUUGAGCUCCUGGACUUUGCCAGCAUGAAUUCAAAGGACCGCAUCGCUUGGGAGAAGAAGAACCGGGAGCUGCACAGGCUUUUCAAGUCCAUUGACGAGAACGAUCUCUACGUCGACGACUUUUCAUGCGCUCUCCAGAAGGACAUCCUCAUCCAGGGCAAGCUGUUCAUCACCACCAGCAAUCUAUGCUUUUACGCCAACAUCAUUGGAUUCAUCACGACUCUUGUGAUUCCUUUUGCCGACAUCUCCUCGAUGGAAAAGAAGAUGGCUGCCUUUAUUGUUCCGAACGCCAUUCUGGUCAAGACUCGGCAGACCAAGUACUUCUUCACCACCUUCAUUUCUCGAGAGAAGGCCUUUGAGAUCAUGGUCGGGGUCUGGAAGAGCCAGCUCGGCGGCGCCCUCUCGCAUGAACACACCUCCUCUGGCGAAGGCAGCCAGACCAUCGAGACCGACAUUGUCCGUGAGAUCCAAAGUGCUACCCACGCCGACCCGACAUCCGAGCUCCUGCGUCAGCAGCAGCAGCAGCAACUGCCGCUGACUGCGUCGCCAACAGGGGUAAUUCCUCCCUCGAUCCGGGUGUCGUCCGUUCCACCCCGGCCCUCGGAUGCCCGCUCAAACUCAGUCCCCAUCGCCUCGUCCGCUGCAGCGCCGCUCGACGACGGCGAUGCCGGACGCAACCCGCAAAUCGAGCGUCGAUCCACGACCACCUCGGACAAGCUCGUCCCAGGCUCGGUCUCCUCCGUUGAAGAGGUCACCGACAACGAAGUCGAGCCUGGUCGCAAGGGCGGCGUGCGCGGGGCCCUGCAGUCGAUUCUGCGCCGGCGCACCACUUCCAACAAGACCGACGGGGCCUCCAGUUCGAACGAGCGAUCCGAGAAACAGGCCAACGGCACCAAGUCCGUCGCCAGCUCGUCGCCUCGCGCCAUUCUCCCGAUCCUGUCCUCGGCCGAGCGCCGGAUGAGUUCCACGCCGCCUGCCAAGAACGGCGCUGUAGUUUCAUCUGCGGUCCCGGAGCUCAGGCCGCCGGCGCAAACGCCCACCAAGCCAUUGGCCGCGGAGGCGCCCCGGAUUGUUCUCACUUCCAGCCAGGGCGCCCAGUCCGCUGCCGUUCCCCCAUCGAUGGAGCGCGAAAGCUCGGCAGCCAGCGCCUCGGCAUCGCGACCGAGUGCCGCACCGUCCCGCCGGCUCUCUAGCCACUCCAUCGGCCAUGACAAGACCGAUCCCGCGAGCGACUCCAAGUCCGGCCGCCGACAGCUCUCCAACACGGGCACGGCCUCGCAGUACUUUUUCGGCAUCGGACACAGCCAGCCGAUCACCCAGCGCCACGAGAUGCGCGCGCUUCAGAAGCAGAAGCAGAUCGUCGUCAUCGUCCUCGUGGGCUGUGUCGGGGUGUGUCUGACCAUGGCCCUGACCAGCCUCAUGAUGCUGUGGCGGGUAGGCGGCAUGCUGGAUCGGCCUCUGUGAUGCUGCCCGUCGACUCCGGGGUCUCUGGAGCUCCACGCCUGUGCCGGUCCCAGCGUCGCCGAGGUGCGCUUGCCUCGAUCGAGCAUGAUGCAUGCCGUCCAAUCGCACACGAUAUUCACAGCUGGUGGUUGGACUUGCGUCUGCCGAGCC